ACGUGCCCUGAUGCUGCUUAAUAACAGUAGUAGUAGUUGAGGCAGGAGCGGGAGAGUAGAUAGAAGAAAUAAAAGUCGUUGGUACUGGCGGCUACUACGUGCCAAGGACGACGAGGCUGGAACGGGAGGAAGCGGACCCGGGGGAACGUGAAAGGGGGAGGGAUCCCAGCUCCGGCCAGCCUCCGUCGGCACCCACGGCCACGGGCGGCACGCCAUCACCAUGGACGCGGAGGCCGGAGAGGCGCCCCUCCUCUCCCACCAGCACAGCCCCAACCAGGUCUCAUCAGCAAAUCACAACGGCAAACCCUUCAACUGGAAGGCUCCUGCUAUUAUCUUGGCGUUUGAGUUCUUGGAGAGCAUUGCCUACGCUGGUAUUGCCCUCAACUUGGUAGUAUAUCUUGGGAAGGUCCUUCACGGAACUACCGCUUCAAAUGCUGCAAAUGUCGAUACAUGGAACGGCACCACGUUCCUUACGCCCGUCCUUGGAGCGUUUCUUGCUGAUACAUACUGGGGGAAGUACAAGACCGUCGCCAUCUCCAUAAUAUUCUAUCUUACUGGGUUGCUCAUCAUUACUGCUUCGGCGAUCAUUCCAUCUUUACAACCCGCCGCAUGUGAAGGAACUUCAUGCCCUCCUGCCACAGGGUUUCAGAAUUUUGUCUUCUUUACUGCACUAUACCUUGUCUCGGUUGGGACUGGAGGGGUUAAAUCAGCUUUGCUCCCCCUUGGAGCUGAUCAGUAUGAUGAUUCAAACCUUGAGCAGAGUAAAAAGAAGCAGGCUUUCUUUAGCUGGUUCUUCAUUGCCAUUAACCUUGGCGUCUUCAUCUCGGGGACAGUUGUUGUAUGGAUACAGCAAAAUGUUGCUUGGUCACUUGGAUUCGGCAUCUCAUCGAUAUGCCUCAUUAUCGCCACAGUUGCCUUCUUGGCAGGAACACCAAUCUACAGGGUUCAACUUCCUACUGGAAGCCCACUUAAAAGUCUUGUAGCGGUGUUUGUUGCGUCAUUUAAAAAGAGAAAAGUGGAGGUUCCUGCUGAUAGCUCAAUAUUGUUUGAUGGAAAUGAUGCCGACUUAACCAAUGAAGCACCAAACAAAUUGGCACAUACUGAAGGAUUCAGGUGCUUAGAUAAGGCUGCUGUAGUCUUAGGGGACCAAGAGAUAAAGUGAUGCGGAGCAUCCUUCCAUCAUCCCCAUGGACUCUACAGCAACACAUCCAAUCCCUCAAGGACCUAUGACUCGAGCACGUGCAAGAGCUCUUGAAACCGAGGUGACAUCACUCCUCUCACAAUUCCCUUUCGAUUCACAUGAGACAUGGUUACUACCUCAAACGGAAACGCUAUGCAUACUCAGGUACCAAUGAGUUCACCGUGAAGAAGCUAGGAAGCAAGGAGAACCGGAAGCGGAAGACAUGCAUGAAGACGGAGAGGAAAAAGCACCAAGGACCAGGGUGUCCGGACGAUCCGGACGGCGGCCCGGACGAUCCGGACAGAGCCCGGACGAUCCGGACCCCGGCUCGGGCGAUCCGGCUAAUUCGACCGAAGACUACAGAAGCCUCCCCCCUGAAGCCGGAUCAUCCGGACCCCGUCCCAGAUCAUCCGGACCCUGCCCGGACGUCCGGACCGCCAGCCGGACAUCCGGCCCUGCGCCUCCACCAGCCGAGUCUCCGGAUCAUCCGGGCCUCCACCCGGAUCAUCCGGACCAGCCCGGAUCAUCCGACUUCGGACCCGGAUCAUCCGGCCAGCGCGUGUUGGGCUGAGCCCGUGUACCCCUUCGCCCCCUAGCCU